CACCAAUCAAGGCCCGGCAGCGCUGUGCCGUUAGCGCCAGGAGGCGCUGCCCAGUACUCGGCGAUUCCGCCUAUGGCAAGGCUGGCGGAUGAAGAAACUAGCGGCAUGACCCAAUGCUGUAGUGGACGUGGGCUGUUGUUGGGCAGAUUGUAAUCUUGCAUGUCCUCUGCUGACGGAGCAAGAAUGGCCACAGGAUGCACCCACGUGGGCUUUUAAACAGUCCUGUCCCUGCUGUAGUUGUUUUCUUCGUUUUUCAUUUUAUUUUUUUUUUCCAAUUGACCCGUCGUCCGCUUUUUUGGGGCACACACAUUGUAUCGCAUCGACCAGGCUAAUCUUUUUUGGCACAGUGACAUUUUAUCCUGCGUCCGCGACAGGUAUACAGCUCCGAUCAAGCCAGUCAGCACAUGCUUUUUUUUUUCAACAAUUGUGUCGCGUGCCUUGGCUCCCGCCACGACAGUAUUGUUAAUCUAAAUCUCUUGGAACACUCACGAGGCUAGCCGGGCAAGUCAAGGAAAUAACGGGCGGCUUGGCGCCGCAUGUUAAUGGCCGAGCACCGCAAGGAGAGAAGCAAAAGAUACGGUGGCUGCCUUCAGCGCUGACAGGCGGGUCCUCUUCUAGUUGGCUUCCCUGCAAGCCACUUGUCUGGCAGCAGCCACACGCCGUGUCAGGCCAAUUCUCCGCCGCCAUAUGUGCUGACUUGCACCGCUGUAGUCUGCGUGUUUGGGCCGCUAUCAUCCCCUACAACUUGACUUUUCAUGCCCGCAGAUUGCGCCCCGUAAUGAUAGUCCAUGAGGCUUUGCUUAGUGCGUCCUAGCGCACCCUGCGGGCUCUCCACAAAGAGACACGGAGGUCCCCGCUUUAUUUUGCCAGCGACCCCAGAGGCCCGGCUCUUAACGAAAAGUAAAGCACACCUAGCGGCGCGUGCCUCACCCAGAAAGUAGAAAACUAGCUUGCCGCCUCUUUUUUUCCAUUUUCUGGAUUUUCUUUUUUGGUGGUGUUUCAAUAAUCCCCCAAUCCCACUGAAGAACUCCUCGCCAUUGCGAACAAGAUCGCCAUGGCUGACAUCACCAAGGAAGACAUUGUCCAGCAGCCCGCUGCCGACAAUGUAAACACCACCAACACUGUCGACGAACAGCGUCCCCGCAAGUCUUUCUUCCAGGCCGCCCUCCCCGUCUUCGCGGCCGGUGCUGGUCUCUUCUCUGAUGGCUAUGUCGGAAACGUCAUUGGCUCUGUCACUGCCAUUCUCUCCCGUCAGUACGAUAAGACGGAUCCCGCCGGCAACCCGAUUCCCGGCCAGCAGGUUUACUCGGAUUCCACGCCCGCCAAGGUGCUCCCUGCCAUUGCUUUUGCCGGAACCGUUGUUGGUCAGCUCGUCUUUGGCUUCGCCUCCGAUCACUGGUCACGCUCCAACUCGCUGCUCACCUCUACUGGUAUCCUUCUCCUCUUCACAGCCCUCGCUACUGGCUCCUACUGGCACGGUGAUCCUGUCGGCAUGUUCAACAUGCUUGUUGCUUGGCGAUUCUUUGUUGGUGUCGGCAUUGGCGGCGAGUACCCCGCUGGCAGUGUUGCCAGCGCGGAAGCCACUGGCGAACUGAAAUCUGGCACUCGUCACCGAUGGUUCAUUCUCUUCACCAAUACCAUGAUUGACUGGGGCUUUGUCCUUGGCGCGUUUGUCCCCUACGUUACCGCUGUUGCUACUGACAACUACGACGCCAUGUGGCGCGCCAGUCUUGGAGUCGGUAUCCUAUUCCCUGCCAUCCUCUUUGUCCUCCGUCUUCGCCUCAAGGAGCCUGAGGAGUUCACCAAAGAAUCCAUGAAGCGCGCUACCCCAUACUCCCUCGUCUUUCGUUACUACUGGUUCCGCCUCACGCUUGUCAGCGUCAUCUGGUUCAUCUACGACUUUACCACGUAUGCUUUUAGCAUCUACAGCCCCGUGAUCCUUGCCAACUUUUUCGAUUCGUCUACCGCUCCUCUAUACAUCAUUUUCGGCUGGAACGUUGUCAUUAACCUCUUCUACAUCCCCGGUACCAUCAUCGGUGCCUUUGCCUCGGAUUGGCUGGGUCCCAAGACAGCGCUCAUCACUGGUCUAGUGCUGCAAUCUAUUGUAGGAUUCAUCAUGGCAGGAGUUUACGAGCAUCUCAAAGGCUCUAUCGGAGGCUUUAUUGUCAUCUACGGUAUCUUCCAGAGUCUUGGUGAGUUUGGUGCUGGCAACAACAUCGGUCUUUUGGCAUCCAAAACUUGUGCUACCGGCGUUCGUGGACGCUACUAUGGCAUCGCCGCAGCUAUUGGCAAGAUUGGUGCGUUCAUUGGCACAUAUGUGUUCCCUUAUGUCAUCACGGCCGCCGGUAGUGACACAACCAAGAAGGCACAGUACCCUUUCUGGGUCUCAUCCAGUCUUGGGCUGUUUGCCGCCUCCCUCGCGCUCCUAAUCCCUCUCGUUGGCCAGGAUACUAUCCAUGAGGAAGAUGCCAAAUUCCGUGCGUAUCUUGAGAGCCAUGGUUGGGAUACUAGCCAGCUCGGUGAGGAACCCAAGGAUGAGACUGGCGAGCUCGGUACUUCCGAGCAUGUUAGUGAGAAGAAGUCUCUGUAAUGGAACAUGAGUAAGAUGUGAACUGUUUCUAUUUUUUUACUAUGUAGUCAUAGCGAGAUUGAAGCAAUGAAUAAUACCAAUUUGAGUUUG